CGUUACAAAUGUUUAGCAGCGCAUGCAUUGAGCAAAGGAAAACGACAGACAAGAUAAAGCUAAGGACUGAAUGCUUCUUUAGGGUAAAGGGAACCAGGUAUAUCUAUGGGGAAAGUAGGAUAAAGGCAACAUGCAAGGGAAACAGGUAAGUAAGGAUCGCAAACAGAGGGUUGUUGUAAGUAUGCAAUCCAUAUGCUCUGACUUUGUCAAAAAGUCUCACGUUAAUAGCGUCCUUGAAGUAGUCCGUGAUUGGUUGAGAGUUAUGCCUACAAGUGCCGUCGAGGAGCACGAACAAGUAACUACUGCUUUCUCUAGCAAAAGACGAAGAAGUAUAUCUUACUUGCACAACGUUAAUGCUCCAGAAAAUUGGACUGCAUAACUAUUACCGCCCCCCCCCCCGAAAAAAAAGUUGGAACACACUCAGAAGAGGGCGCUGUCAAUCUAGUGAAAUAUAUAUUUUUUUGUAAUGGCGGACCUCAACAGGGAGUUAAAAGAGUACUUGCUACAGUCUAAACAAGGAAGCGGAGCACCCUCCCCAAAUCCCCCGACAGAACCAAGUAGUUCAAAAUCAAAGUUCGGAGCCUUCUUGGGACGUAUCAUCCCUCAAUCGGGGCCCUCACAAUCGGGAACAAAUUCUACGAACGCGUCCUCAUGGCCCUGGUCAGGAGAGCCAGACCCCUGUCUUCCGCAGGGUAUGACACGUUGGCAACGGCUAACUGGUGCAGGAAUUUGCCUGGUGUUUGCAGCUAUUUGCUUCGGCCUGGCACUUCUUUAUGCACCACUGCUGCUGCUCCGAGCGCGGAAGUUUGCUUUGCUGUGGUCCCUUGGUUCUUUGUUUGCCCUGGCAGCCGUAGCGUUAGUCCGCGGUCCUAGCCGCUUACUGGCCUUUCCUUCUCCAGCUGGAGCAGUGUACGCAACCGCGUUACUUGGCACACUGUACGCAGCUUUGUCUCUGCAAAGCACCGUCCUCACUACCCUCGGAGCUGCAGUAGAAAUUGCCGCUGUGGCCGUCUAUGUUGUUGGCUUCAUCCCCGGGGGAACCUCCGGCCUACGUUACGUCUUAGGCGCAGUUCGUGCUGCCCUAUGCCGUGGGGUUACGCAAACCCUGCCGGUGUGAGGGUGGGGCUUUCUUUGGGUAGUAACAACAUAGAGGGAGGGGGGACAUUGAGAGGGGAUCUUAUAAUUAAAUGCUGCUACAAUAAGUUUACUACAAAUUAACUACUUGAGUUAACAUAUAAAUUGAAACGUUGGUCCAACAGUUAUUUUUGCAUUCCACAUCUUUUUUUUUUCAUUUCAGCCAACUCUUGUGUUUAUAAUCAUUUAACUAGUAGGGGUUAGUUGGGUUGCUUUAGAUUUCUUAUAACGUAGGACAGUCCCAGAUCUUACAGAGCACAUAAUUAAAGAACCAAUGCCGCAGCAGUAAGAACAAUAGUAAUAUGUACAUAUACCUGUGAUCUUUCCUAGGAUAUUUUAAGAUGAACUGUUAAUACAGGAAACGGACAGAUUGCAUUUGUGGGGGGAGAUGGAGGUGAUAUUGAGAGGGGAGCUUGUAAUUAAAUGCUGCUACAAUAGGUUUACCACAAAUUAACUACUUGAGUUAACAUUUAUAUUGAAACGUUGGUCCAACGGUUAUUCUUGCAUUCCACAUCUUUUUUUUUUUUCAUUUCAGCCAACUCUUGUGUUAUAAUCAUUUAACUAGUAGGGGUUAGUUGGGUUGCUUUAGAUUUCUUACAUGUUAGGCAGUCCCAGAUCUUACACAGCGCAUAAUUAAAGAACAAAUGCCGCUGCAGUAAUGACAAUAGUAAUAUGUACAUAUACCUGUGAUCUUUCCUAGGAUAUUUUAAGAUGAACUGUUAACACAGGAAACGGACAUAUUGCAUUUACGUUUCCAUCUUUGCUCCUGUGAUGAACAGCAGAAUGAAAAGUUCAACCAGAGGUUCCGGAUGUGGUCGCUGAUCCAUGAAUUCAUCCAGAGUUCCAGAUUUGGCAUUUUCCAUGGAAGGAUCAAGAUGGCUAUUUCAAGGAGGCUCAGACCUGUCCGUUCACCCAAAUGGACCAAGGAGAAGACCACUCAGAUGCUGACAGCUUAGGUAGGAGUGGAGCAUUGCCUGAAAGCCAGCCCAAGGAACUUUGUGAUGAUUGACAAUGAAACAUGAUCGGGAAGGAGCACCAAAGAUGUAGAGGGAUUUACCAUAGUGGAGUGCAGGUUCACCACCGCUAUAAUGAUCUGCAUCAGAAUGACACAGUUUAAGUUUGUUGGAUGAUUGCCAAGGUGAGGAGACAGCCCAUGGAUCCCCACAUUUCUGUUUUCAGGUGAUGAAGACUGGACCAGGAACCGAGCUCUGUACAUCGACCAGAUGCCGAAGCUUGAGGAGCAGCAGAGGGAGAAAGGAUCAACCCAAUGGCUCCCUUUCCUGCACCUAAUUGACUCAUUAAUUCCUUUGUCAGGGCUGGAGCCCCUUGGCCAAUUCAUUUCCUGAUAGAGGUUGCAAUCUCAUAUUUUAUUCUCAGCAGCUGACUCAAGACAUGCAUCCUGCUAACCAAGUGGCCUGCCCCACCAGUUGCAACAUGGACAAGCUGUUCAUGCUUCUGAUAGAGCAAUAUGGCACAGCCAGCUCCUUUAGGUAUGAAAAGAACAAAGCCUCAAAAAGACUAAUAACAAAAUCUUAUAGAUGGGUGUGUCACAACUGGAAGCCGGUUUAAUCUGUGCAGAGCAGGCAAAAUAUGCCAGUAAUGGGACACGAAUGACCACUGAGAGAUGCUUGAUCCUUGAGAUGUUUUGCUUAUGGAAACAUGAUAAUUUCAUAGCAUCUGACACUUGGUCUUGGAGUAUCAGUUUACAGUCCAGAAUAAUGUCUAAAUUAUGCACCUUUUUGACAAACUCAAGCAUAUUGCCACAAUAUAAGAUGACAUUAGAGAGGCAGGAAGCAGAAUAUUCUAGCAAGGUAGCACUGAAGGUUUUUGAGUUAUUAAGUUUCAACCAAUUAUUGAUAAGCCAAGACUAUUUGGCCUCUAGGUCAUCAGCCAGGGAAUACAUAUUUGCCUUAUCACCCUGUGGGGAAGAAGAGAGGUAAAUCUAAUACAGUGCCAUAUGUUUAAGCACCAAUACUGCAUCCACAGUGCUAUCCCUAAACACAUAAACUACAUUCCAACCUGAUGUGUGACAGCAGCCAUGCAAGAUAUAAUGUCCAAAUAUGAUGAGAAGUAAUUAAGAAGUUUUACCAGAUGUUGAAAAGUGCUGGCCAAAGAAGGCAACACUGGCAAAAGGGCCAGACUUUUACAAACACUGAACCCCGAGUGUACACUGUUAAUGUAAGACAAGGUACCUGGAGAAGGCAUACCAAUCAGCCAAAAUUAAAUGAACACUGAGACACACAUGCACACCUGUACUCACCUCCUCCCCCCACAGGCUAGUGCAUAUGCAUACACACACACACACACACACACACACAAAUUCUAAUCUCAAGACCUGUGUGUGACUGGACCAGCAACGGAAGGACUAACAAGAAAACUUCUGGUCCAACAGUAUCAUACCCAAAAAGAGAUGGCAGAACAGAUCAUUGUCCACUGGCACUCCCAGAAGGUGAUGAGUGCACAGUAUCAUGUUUCAAGAUGGAUAACAAACUAGAACUUUGAUAGAGGGAUGGAUGGCUGAGAUAGCCAGUAGCAGAUGAAACUUGGAUGUUGCUGUCACAACAUUCGAAAUAGAAGACAGACCUGAAGACCCUUAUCUAAUCAUUCUAAUCCCAAUGAGGAAACUGAGAUGUUAUUCUAUAGGUUUAUCUCACUAGCCAAAUGUGUAAAUGUGGAAAUAUUCUUGCUAACAAAAAAGCAUAUAUGAUCAUACAAAUAAACAUGAAAAAGUAUUACUGUUAUCAAAUA